GCACGCAUCUCUCAAUCCAGGACUCAGUUCCAGUAACAUUCCUUCUUCUCCAAGAUGACGGGUUGGUCUGUUCUGUCUCUGUCCCGGGUGCUGCAGGCCAACACACACACGGCUCAGGUGUUGAGGACAGCCUUGUGCGGAAGGAGGCAGAUGUCCCGCUACACCAUCAUACCACCCCCAGCACGGUAUGGGGGACGUCACACGGUGACUCUCAUCCCAGGAGACGGUAUCGGACCUGAGCUACUCAGCCAUGUUAGAGAACUGUUCAGGUUCUGCUGUGUACCUGUGGAUUUUGAGGUGGUGAAUGUGGAUUCUACUAUGACAUCAGAGGAUGAUAUCAACGACGCCAUUACAGCCAUCAGACGCAACGGAGUGGCCCUCAAAGGCAACAUUGAGACCAACCACAACCUGCCUCCCUCCUUUAUAUCCAGAAAUAACCUGCUACGUACCAGUCUGGACCUGUAUGCCAACGUGAUGCACUGCCAGUCUCUGCCAGGCGUUCGGACUCGUCACAGGAACAUCGACAUCAUCAUCAUCAGAGAAAACACUGAGGGAGAAUACAGCAGUCUGGAGCACGAGAGUGUGUCUGGGGUGGUGGAGUGUCUGAAGAUCAUCACGAGGACCAACUCUCUGAGGAUUGCUGACUAUGCUUUCAGACUGGCCAGGGAGAGAGGUCGUCGUAGGGUCACCGCUGUCCACAAGGCCAACAUCAUGAAGCUAGGUGAUGGUCUGUUCCUACAGUGUUGUAAGGAGGUUGCCGCGGGUUAUCAAGACAUUGCCUUCGAUGCCAUGAUCGUGGACAACACCACCAUGCAGCUGGUGUCUAAGCCGCAGCAGUUUGAUGUGAUGGUGAUGCCUAAUCUCUAUGGUAAUGUGGUGAGCAACGUGUGUGCUGGUCUGGUGGGGGGGCCGGGACUCGUUCCAGGAGCCAACUACGGGACGGACUACGCUGUGUUCGAGUGUGGCACCAGGAACACAGGGAAGAGCAUAGCAUAUGGUAACAUAGCCAACCCUACAGCCAUGUUACUCGCUUCCUGUCUGCUUCUGGACCAUCUGAGGCUACAUGCAUACGCCACCAUGAUACGACGGGCUGUCAUCGCUACUGUUACUGAGACACGGCUCCAUACAGCUGAUUUGGGAGGUCAGGGGUCAACCUCUGAUGUGGUCCAUUCCAUCAUGAAGGAGAUACAGAGCACUGGACCCCUAACACAGAACAUCUAAAUAUUUAUUUCAUUAUGACUGUAGCCUACCCUAUAAUUAUGACUCUAUGAUCCUAUAAUUAUGACCCUAUAAUUAUGACUCUAUGAUCCUAUAAUUAUGACCCUAUAAUUAUGACUCUAUGAUCCUAUAAUUAUGACCCUAUGAUGAUGACCCUAUAAUUAUGGCCCUAUGAUUAUGACCCUAUAAUUAUGGCCCUAUGAUUAUGACCCUAUAAUUAUGACCAUAUGAUUAUGACCCUAUAAUUAUGACCAUAUGAUCCUAUAAUUAUGACCCUAUGAUGAUGACCCUAUAAUUAUGACCCUAUGAUUAUGACCCUAUAAUUAUGACCAUAUGAUUAUGACCAUAUAAUUAUGACCCUAUGAUUCUAUAAAUAUGACCCUAUAAUUAUGACCCUAUGAUUAUGACCCUAUAAUUAUGACCCUAUGAUUCUAUAAAUAUGACCCUAUGAUCCUAUAAUUAUGACCCUAUGAUUAUGACCCUAUAAUUAUGACCCUAUAAUUAUGACCCUAUAAUUAUGACCCUAUGAUUAUGACCCUAUGAUUAUGACCCUAUAAUUAUGACCCUAUGAUUAUGACCCUAUAAAUAUGACCCUAUGAUUAUGACCCUAUAAUUAUGACCCCAUGAUUUGACCCUAUGAUUAUGACCCUACGACCCUAUAAUUAUGACCCUAUAAUUAUGACCCUAUGACCCUAUAAUUAUGACCCUAUGAUUAUGGCCCUAUAAUUAUGACCCUAUGACCCUAUAAUUAUGACCCUAUGACCCUAUAAUUAUGACCCUAUGAUUAUGGCCCUAUAAUUAUGACCCUAUGACCCAAUAAUUAUGACCCUAUGACCCUAUAAUUAUGACCCUAUGAUCCUAUAAUUAUGACCCUAUGAUCCUAUAAUUAUGGCCAUGUGAUUAUGACCCUAUAAUUAUGACCAUAUGAUCCUAUAACUAUGACCCUAUGAUUAUGGCCCUAUAAUUAUGACCCUAUGACCCAAUAAUUAUGACCCUAUGACCCUAUAAUUAUGACCCUAUGAUCCUAUAAUUAUGACCCAUGAUCCUAUAAUUAUGGCCAUGUGAUUAUGACCCUAUAAUUAUGACCAUAUGAUCCUAUAACUAUGACCCUAUGACCCUAUAAUUAUGACCCUAUGACCCUAUAAUUAUGACCCUAUAAUUAUGACCCUAUGAUUAUGACCCUAUAAUUAUGACCCUAUAAUUAUGACCCUAUGAUUAUGACCCUAUAAUUAUGACCCUAUGAUUAUGACCCUAUAAUUAUGACCCUAUGAUCCUAUAAUUAUGACCAUAUGAUUAUGACCCUAUGAUUAUGACCCUAUAAUUAUGACCAUAUGAUCCUAUAACUAUGACCCUAUGAUUAUGACCCUAUAAUUAUGACCAUAUGAUCCUAUAAUUAUGACCCUAUGAUUAUGACCCUAUAAUUAUGACCAUAUGAUCCUAUAAUUAUGACCCUAUGAUUAUGACCAUAUAAUUAUGACCAUAUGAUUAUGACCCUGUGAUCAUGACCCUAUAAUUAUGACCAUAUGAUCUAUAAUUAUGACCCUAUGAUUAUGACCCUAUAAUUAUGACCAUAUGAUCCUAUAACUAUGACCCUAUGAUUAUGACCAUAUGAUUAUGACCCUAUGAUUAUGACCCUAUAAUUAUGACCAUAUGAUCCUAUAAUUAUGACCCUAUGAUUAUGACCCUAUAAUUAUGACCAUAUGAUCCUAUAACUAUGACCCUAUCUCUCUAUCGCUCAACUCAUCCUCUCUCUCUCUCUCUCUCUCUGUCCUCUCUCUCUGUCUCUCUCUCUCUCUCUCUGUCCUCUCUCUCCGUCUCUCUCUCUGUCUCUCUGUC